AUGACACCGACAACACCUCGCUCUAAGUCGGAAGGGAAAUAUGCCAACCCUACCAUCCAAAUCGUCGUUGGGAAGAAGCAACAACUGUUCCACGUCCACCGCGAACGCCUCGAAAAGACAGAUUUCUUCAAAGUCCAUGGCCUCCCUCCACUUCCCACAGGCACGACACCGACACCGACACCGACCCGUGCGCGGAGUCCUUUGAACUCACCGGCGCCGAGUGAGGAUACAGUGACGUCAGAGCGAGGUGAAAUCAAAGCGGAACAAGAUAUUGAGGACCAUAUGCCUGUCCCUGAAAACAAUGGUGGAUACAGUGCUGCUUCGCCAGCAGGUGCCAGCGAUGCCAUCAAGGCGCCGGCUUACAACCUUCAGGGUCUGAUCUAUGAGCCGGCAGCGUUCGAGGUCGUCGUCAAUUAUCUCUACAAUGAACCGCCCGUCACGCCUGAACUUCGAACCGAGUUCAAACCACUGAUGAAGGCAUACAUCCUGGCGCUCCACUACCGCAUGUCCGGCCUUCAAGAUGAUCUGGUCGACUGUUUCCGGAACUUUCACUCAGCCUACAGCAUCAGGUUCGCCGAACUUUUCUGGGUCUCGGGGCGUAUUGGGGAUGGCGAGGCUGUUUGUAAGGUCCCAUUGAUUCGGUAUCUCGUCGAUCAAAUCGCAUUCGAAAUCUACCAGGAAGGGUACGAUGCUUUCGUCAGGGCCAAUGAUGACUUUGAAUUGUUUCUCACGUUUGGCGAUCGUCCUCUGCGCAAGGAACUCUUCAAGGCCAUCGCGAAAGUCGCGCAAGAAAAGAACCCUGUGGAUCCUGCACAUGGACUCAACCGCUGGAGAGUUGUCGACUACCCCACCUUUGACGGCGACGACAGCACCCCUUCAAGCACUCCCGACAUCAUUAAUCUCGACUGA